CUUAGGGAACAAGUGCUUCCGGAUCUAAAAGAAUUAGUCAAACAACAGGUACGUUUCGCUCGCGAAAUGUCGCGUUUUUUUUUCGCACACGCGUGUCUCUCUCGCUUUGCUAUCUGUGGGAAAAAUAUCAAUGAUAUUUUUGUUUAGCUUGAGAAAGUAGCCGACUUUUUACGCCACCACUGUUUACCCUGCGAAAUGACGUCUGACGAAAGAUCACAGAAAUUCCAUACUAAUGACAAAUCACUACCCAGAUCUGUGUAGUGCUUCUGAUUGGCUCUACCAAUCGGAAAUACUGCCCAGAUCUGGAUAGUGACACGUCAUCAGUUUGGAAUUUCUGCGCUCCGUAAGACGUCAUUUCGCAGGAAAACGAAUGGUGACGUCGCGAAUAAUGUCGGCUGUUUUCUCAGGCUAAUUUUUUGUUUUGAUUUUUCAGAGGUUAGAUCAACUUAUUCAAGGAGCCCUUUUUGAUAAAGCACCUGGACGAACGCGCGCCAGAGGUGAGUUAGAUGAUUUUGUAAAACGACAUGUUUAAAAAACACGAAGGGUACUUAUUGAGGACGGUGUUUCAAGGAACGUUAUUUUGAAGAGGAGAAGCCAAGGAGACUAAGUUGCCUAAUCAACACAUUAACCUCGCACUUUUAGACUGAGUUUCUGUAUCUUAUCAGUUUGAAACAAUGGACUGAUGUAAUACAAGAGAGAAUAUAAGUUGUCUUGUUGUUUUUCUGUUUGUUUGUAGAGAGAUUCUGGUAUUGUAGAUUGUCACCUAAUUUAAAAUUUCUUCAUUACGGAGAAUGCCAAGAAGGACAAGCGCCUUCGCUCGAAAAUCUUCCAAACAAAUGUAAGUAUUUAAAAGCCCGACAGUUUUAG